UGUUGUGCACAACAACACUCUUUGCGUUCCCGGAUAGAAGACAGGAGGAUGACAUGUGAUCACCUGAGAAAAUUGCUGGCACUUUCCGCCACGGUGUGCGCCAUGAGGGCGCACACCCCCGGCGUCCAAGUCGGGCGAGAUUUUGAAAAGAAAGUUUCUAUCAUGCUAAAAGAAGAAGCGGAAACACCAAAAUGCUUUGCAGAAGGCAGGAAGGACUUCACCUGCUUCUGGGAGGAGGAGGAGGACAGCGCUGGUUCUGUGGACCAGUACUCUUUCACAUACAACUACCAAAAUGAAAACAGCAGCAGGUGCCCGCUGACGGUCCACCGGGCACACGGCGGGAAGAGGCUGUUGGUCUGCCACCUGAAUCGAACGCAGAUGUUCGUCCAAAUGGACAUCCAAGUUCACCGGGAGACAAAGCUGAUACACAAUCGGAGCCUCCUCGUUGAGCUCGUGUUUCUCUUGGAUCCUCCCGCUAACGUGACUGUCAGCACCACCGGUCAGCAAGGUCAGCUGAAUGUCAGCUGGGUGCCUCCUACCCUCAAGUACAUGGAUGACAGCUUGAUGUACGAGGUCUCGUAUGCAACGGCAGAGAGCCACAUGACACAGGUGGAGGUGGUACAAGCCAGCUCCGAGGUGAUUUUAAGGGGCCUAGAGCCAGGCAGUAAGUACAAAGUGCGGGUACGUGUAAAGCUGGAUGGAAUAAGCUACAACGGCUACUGGAGCGUGUGGAGCGAGCCGGUGUUCAUGCAGACACCGCCUGCAGAACUCAACCUGCUCAUCGUGUUCCUAACACUCAUCAUGUUCUUCAUCCUACUGGUGCUGUCGUUCACUGUACUCGUGUCCAAUCGCAGUUUUUUGAUUAAGAAGAUCUGGCCAACAAUUCCAACUCCGGAUGCCAAGUUCCAAGGCCUUUUUACCGAUUAUGGUGGAGACUUUCAGGAGUGGCUAAAGCAGACAAACGGAGGCCUCCGGUUGACCCCAGCGUUGUUCUACGCAGAGGAUUACCCCACAUCUCUGGAGGUCCUCUCAGAGCUAAGCCUGAACCCCCCACCGCCCACCCCACCCCUGCCGCCCAAAAGGUCCAGGGCUUUCACUCUCCAAUGCGCAGAGGAGGGUAUGCAGAAAGGUCUCGAUGUGGCUCUGACAGAGAGAUGGAGAACUACGACACACAACCACUGGGUGAUGGACUGCUUGAGGGCGCAGCAACAGUCCUCCCAGUCGCCUCUGCUGGAGUCUCAGGAUGCUUAUGUCACCCUCACUGGGAACAACCACAGCCAAGACGAUAAUAACACUCUUGAGGAGUCUUUACCCCUUGAGGUGCUUUUUCCCUUGAAGACGACAGCACUAUCUGAAGCUCACUGAUCUACCUUAGGUUUGUGUAGUCAAACCAGACUCUUGGCAGUGGGUUUCUCUGUGGAAAGCAGAUGACAUCGGGAGAGUCGUUAUUGAUGAAGCAUUGUCCGGGGUGACUUCAGAGAAAGAGACUGCACCUAAACUGAUGUUUAUCAGUCAAACCUGCAUGGCUUCUCAUCAACUAGAACCACUCAGACCGAUAAAGGCAAAAUCAAGUCUUCCGUGAUCUGUUUCAAUACUUAGAAACGCUGUCUGUGUUGUUCUCGCUAAACACUAGUAUUCAGUCGACGGGUUGGCAUGACGAUCUGGCAACCUCAUAGAUAAAAUCAAACUAAGGUCCUGUCCACACAAGAAUGCUCAUGUUUUUUGGGGGGUGUUUUUUCGGUAGGUUGCAAAAAAAUCAUGUCCACCCAGUGUCGGAUCAGUAAAUAGUCACAUCCACAUGGGAAUGGAUGAUUGGGAGAAAACGAUGCAACGCAUACUUACAUACCUACUUGCAGCACUAUAAACACACACACCAAAAUUACAGAAGAAGAAAGCGUGCAUGCGCAUAAGGUCCGUCGUCUUAGUAUAAGACAAAAAAAAUAUCAGGAAAAUGGGAGUCAACUGGGAGUCAUGCCAGUUGAACCGUUCAGAUAUUAUGUUGGGUUUUCGGUAGCAGUACACGACCCGUCACUUCUGGUCGUUCUUGGAACUCAGUCUUUUGCAGGUCCACAAGGCAGCGGGAAGUCACAUUUUCCUACCCUGCAAAAUGCAGUUUCUAUGCUACCCAUAACGCUGUUGCCGUGUGGCUAAAAGACUGAAACGAUAACAUACUUUACCGUUUUGACCUGAAAACAUUCCCGUGUGGACAGGCCGUUUAUUACAAAACCAGAGGUCAAGCGAUUGAUUGUCUCAUGUUUUUCCACAGAGAUUCUUUUAGAUUUAAGCUAUCCUGUUGUUUAACCUCCGAAAUGCCGAAGUACAGAGUGCCAACAUUUAAAAUGCUUCUGCUACUGAUCAUUAGUAGCUGACUCUACAAGUCCGUCCAUACAUUUGGUCUACCACUCAUCUUGUUUAGUAAAAGCAGACUACACCUCAAACUGGUCUGUCAAAGGGAAAUUGUGACGAGCACAAGCGGUGGGAAUUUAGCCUAAGUGAACUACAAUGGAACUGGCCUGAGUCGAUCCCGUUUACGUCGAUUAACUCAUCAAGUCCCGGUCCACCGUGGUGUUCUUGUCACUAAAAAGCGCCUGCUUAAGUCUACCGAUUUUCUCGAUAUGAAAUUUAAAACCCAAAGGGCUGAUUUCUAAGACAAAUCGGUCCGUUUGUGCCGACAACUUAAAAUAUACAUACGGUGUACAUUGCAGUAUUACGCUGGAUUCUACCACACCGACUAACUUUUUUAAAAAAAUGUUUUUUUCGAUUGUCAUGGAUGGGCUGGGCUGGUCGGUCAUCGAAAGUAGGAAUCAAAAUUUUUUUUAAUGAGCGAUCCCGGUAGAAUCGAAACAUCUCUUUUCCCAUCAACGCUCGAUGCUCGAUGCCCAACCCUACCGGGCAUUUAACUCGACGCCUGGCACUCUCUGCUCUCAGAGCCCACGAUGGUGUGUGGGGCUGGCUGAACUAACAGGUCACAGGUCACAAGAAGAAACAAAAGCUUUACUGCACUAUGGGAUGGUUUGUAAGCGUAACUUGUUGUUACAACUCCAUACAGUAAGUGGCGGUAUGCAUCGUAACUCUGCUUCUGCCACAGAAUAAGAUGUAGCAGGAGGGAUCAGUGUUGUAUUUAGCAAGUACUCAGACCCCUCUAGACACUCGUUUUCAAAAAAGUGACCUCACAAAAGGGCUCCUCCAUUACCUAAAAGCACUCACAGGCAGCUUAGUCUUUUUUGUGGCAUUUUAAAAAAAACAAUAAAAACAAGGGACAGAUGAUAUCUGAAUAUAUUUGUUUUGCUUUUCAUGUUUUUUUUUUUGUUUUUUUUUUACAUUUUAAUGUUUUGUCGCUCCAAGAAUGUUAUUCCUCUCUUCUACAGUGUCCAUUGGCCAAUUGGCCAACCACCACCACAAAUAGAUUGCAGUCCUGGGAAACACUGUAUUACCGCAGCUCUGUUAGCCAAAGUUUAAAUCACCAAAUGAAAAUAGAAGAAUCAAAAUAAAAUGCACAAAUGGAGGAAAACCAUAUCAACAAAACUCCGGUAGGUUGAAAAGUCCUUUAAUACCGUCAAUUCUCCUUAUGUUUCUGGCGAAUGUCACAAGUAAAUAUGCAAGCGAUGGCUAGUUUUAGUUUCGAUAUCAGUCAGCCAGUCCAGGGGUUGUCGACAUAAGCGGGUUCCAGUGUACUAACCGUCCAAUAGCUCUUCCCUCAGCAGUAUCACCCUAAAGUCGGAUCUGUUUUCUUCUAAAAGGAGGUGAGUCCUUUGCCAUGCUUAGAGGUGUUUAAACUCAUUUGCAACAGCAGUAUGCUAUCGCCUCCAGAAUCAAAGUACCACAAAACACACACAGGCACUGUCCGCAGUUUUGCAAUUCUUCAUAAAAAGUACUCGACACUUUAAUGUACGAAUGCCACCAUGCAGGUGUUGAGAGGACAAAAUGAUGGCUGUACGCGGCGGUGACAGUGUUCUCUUCAUUCGAAUUUUUGGAUCAAACUACAAAUUUAAACAAAACUGAACUAUUUUCCACAAAUACCUUUAAUGUGCAGGAUUAACACUUUCAGGAAAAUCUAAAUUGACAUUAAGGUAGGAAAAAAGUAACACCAGGAUGUGAUCUCGAGAUGAGCUAAUUCAUUGGGGGUUACGAUCCUUUGAAGAGAUUUAAACAGACUACAUCUUUCAGCUCUGCUACAAUUCCUCCUUAUGAGUACAAAACAAUCACUGUAUUUGUAAAUAACAUAACGUCGAUUUCCCAGUUGUAGAAUCCAAGAUGACUGUAGGCUGCACAGGAACUGUUUGUGGCUAGAUCUAUUGUUUUGUAUUGCUUGUUUCUACUCACUGCCGCCAUCUGAAGAGCAGAAGACGUAUUGGUGGUAUUUGAAUUAAAAGUCACACUAAUGUUUGCCUUUGGUUUGCUUCUCUUAUGAAAACAUGUCCAAAAUGUGUACAAACUGAUGAAGACUUCAAUAAAUGUUUUGACUCCUAUAAUACAUUGUAUUAUGACAUUCAUGUUCAUAGAAUGGAAGGGAAACAAUUUCAUUUACAUUAAAUGAAUAUUUUGAUGUACUUUUCCAGAAAGGCAGCGCUUUUGGAGUCAACAAAAUUUCUAAAUCCAAUCCAUUAUUAACGCAUGAACUGAGAAAUACACAGCAAACUGACUAAAACGCCCAUAAACGCCCAUAAAAAUGGCUCGCUCCUCCUCCAAACCCUCCUGCUGGCUUGACAUUGACGCUCUCCGACGAUUUCACAUCAACAUUUGUAAUAAAAUACUGUUGUAUUUAUUCUAUUAGACUUAAAAUAACGCCGCAUUUUGUAAUAAUUUGUAAUAAUUGACACACUUAUUAGACGCAUUUAAAGUAUAAAAUGUGUGCCCCCAGGCCAUA